UGGACCAAUUAAUUUCUUGUGCAGUGACAGAUGAACCUCAUUUACUCAGUCCAUUUCUCGUGUAGGUAGACAUUCAUGGUUGAUCUAUUCUAUCAGGUUAUAAAUAUGUGCUACACACUCUCCCAUUGCACCAUUACGUACACUGUUAGCUCUAGCUAGCUAGCUAGCCUAUUUUUUCUCUGGUUUCUUUUGUUCAAGCUAGCAUUAUGGGUGCUAUUGCCAAUUGUGUUCUGCAUGCUCUCUUGCUGUGUCAUUUCCUUGUGCUGGCUGAUCGUGUUAGUGGCGAUGAUAAGGAUGCUAAACACUUGUUUUUUCAUCGCCCUUUGUUGAGAGGAGGAGGCCUAGGCCAUGGCAUUUAUAAGAAAGGGUUUAAACAUGACGGUUUUGGUGGUGGCAUAGGUGGAGGUGCUGGUUUUGGUGGUGGAGUAGGUGGAGGAGGGGGUCUAGGAGGUGGUGGUGGGCUAGGUGGUGGUGGUGGUGGUGGCCUUGGUGGUGGUGGGGGUGGAGGUCUAGGUGGCGGUGGUGGCCUUGGUGGUGGCAUAGGACAUGGUGGGGGUCUUGGGGGUGGCAUCGGACAUGGUGGGGGUCUAGGUGGUGGCAUUGGGCACGGUGGUGGCCUAGGCGGUGGUGGAGGUCUAGGCGGUGGACAUGGUGGGGGUUUAGGGGGUGGUGGUGGCCUAGGAGGGGGAGCUGGUGGAGGUUUGGGUGGUGGACAUGGUGGGGGUUUAGGGGGUGGACAUGGCGGUGGCCUGGGAGGGGGGGCUGGUGGAGGUAUAGGUGGUGGACGUGGUGGGGGUUUAGGGGGUGGUGGUGGCCUGGGAGGGGGAGCUGGUGGAGGUGUAGGGGGUGGUGGCGGUCUUGGGGGUGGGGGUGGAAUAGGAGGAGGAGCUGGUGGAGGGCUUGGUGGUGGAGGUGGACUUGGUGGCGGUGGAGGAGCUGGUGGAGGGGCAGGAGGUGGCAUUGGCGGUGGUGCAGGUGGUGGUGGAGGACUUGGAGGUGGAGGUGGCGUUGGUGGCGGUGGAGGAGCUGGUGGAGGGGCAGGAGGUGGCAUUGGCGGUGGUGCAGGUGGUGGUGGAGGACUUGGAGGUGGAGGUGGUGUUGGUGGCGGUGGAGGAGCUGGUGGAGGGGCAGGAGGUGGCAUUGGCGGUGGUGGAGGACUUGGAGGUGGAGGUGGUGGAGGAUUUGGUGGAGGUGGUGGCGCUGGAGGAGGCUUUGGAGUUGGUGGAGGUUUUGGCAAAGGUGGCGGUGUUGGUGGUGGAGUAGGUGGAGGUGGUGGAUUUGGUGGAGGUUUUGGUGCCGGUGGUGGUGCUGGGUUUGGCGGUGGAGGUGGUUUUGGAGCUGGGGGGGGCGGCCACUAGAGUUGAUUAAAAUGUGACAUUAUAUUACUUAUUACGUACUUUGCUCCCAUGAGAAAAACAAGUAGUUGGAUAUAUGCUGCUUGGGUCAUUCCAAUUCAUCCGAAUAUAUAUUAUUAAACGAAGUUGAGGGAAUUGAAAAAGACAUAUUCUAGUGUUUAGUUAAAUGGAAACAGCAUUUUGUUUUCGUUA